AUGGAGAAGGAAUCGCUGUUGGGCCGCGAACAGGAGUACAACGCUGUACAUGAAUUCAUUGAAGAACGUAUACUGCUUUCACACUGUCGCUCUCUCUUUGUAUUCGGCGCCUGUGGCUGCGGUAAGACCUCAACCAUUCUUCGUGCGAUGCGGUGUGUGUCAAGCCGUCCGAUGGCAUGCGACAAGGUGACUGGGCGGCCAAGUUCGGAAGGGCGCGGCAGUUGUGGCAGCAACAGCGGUGGCAAAAGUAACGACAUCGAUGACAAGUCUCCUUCACCUGCAAUAGAAAAACGAAGACCAGCCAAACGAGGCCGCGCUGACGCUGGCAGCAUGGCAAGCGUCGAUAGUACAGAAGAUGCAGCCAUGAGCCGAAUGUCGUGUGGCCGUAAGGAGGCAUCGCCUUGCAGCGAUGCCGCCACCGCGUCUCACUCCUUGGCGGCUGCCAGUCUGCGGCUGCUUGGAGGCAACCGUCGCAUACAGUGCCACUAUAUCAACUGUGCCGACAUGACCUCGCAACAGUUGUGUGCUGCCAUCGCUUGCAGCUUUCGUGUGGCACAACCGCGUUUGGAUGCGCAGUCACGGAAUCUACUGGGUCACAUUGAAACCCUUCCACAAACUCUCACUAAGCGUCGUGGGGCAGAAUCUGACGCGGCCCGAAAGUUUCUGCUGCAGGAAGCCAUGGUAGAACAAGCCACAGAGCCCACACCUGUGAAGAAGUCCAUGGUAAAGGCACCGCUGCAUGUUCUGGCUUUGGACGAGGUGGAAUAUGUGCGAGCCGGGGCUCGUGGCCUAUUAACUGCGUUGACCGCACUCUCUGUGGAACAUGCGUCACAGUUGGCACUUGUGUUCAUCUCAAAUCAGCGUGAGUUGGUACAUGUCCCGUACACGCUGCUGAAGGAGCUCCCCUUUGAGGCCUACAGCACGCAGACGCUCGAGCGCAUUGGUGCCAGUAUUGUGGCCAGUGCAGACUUUACACAAAAGGAGCGGGCGGAGGUGCAGCUGAGCCCGGGAUUGAUAGCUUACAUCGCCAAGAAAGCCAUUCAUGAAUACUCUGGUGACGUUCGCCAAGUGGUUUCCAUGUGCCGCCGCCUCGUUUACACAGCCCAGCAGGGGAUUCUUGACCAUCCAGUCAAGCAGGGCGAGAUGCAGAAGGAGGCCACACCGCAGCGUCGAAGCGGUAGUGGCGUUUUGCACGCCGGUGCAGUUUCCGGCAAUGCAUCACCCGUCUCUCCUGCCGCUGUUGUGACACUUGCGCAGAGUCAAAAGGUAUUACGAGGCUCUGCUGUUGUGGGCGAUCGCGUCUUUGAGUACGUUGCGGGCAUGCCAGAGCAGAUGUUGUACGUCCUCAGCUGCUUGGUUGUCUUGACGCUGCGACAGCGGCGGGAUAAACAGUCGGCGCAGACAAAUGUGGCCGGCGUGACGUCAUCGACCCGCCGUCUAAAAGCCGAUGCCGCAGCAGGAAGAGUGGAGCCAGGUACCUUCGCGAUGCGUGAGGUUCAUCGCAUGUACACCGCACUUAUGGGUCAGCAGAGAUUUCCACUGAUGAAUGCGGCGGGUAUCAUGUCUGCGAUUGAUAGCUUUGCGGAUCUCGGCAUCAUCUCCCGUCCCCAGCGGCGUGGUAAUGAGGAGCUCUUUUCCUUCAACGGUACCUGGUCACUGGAGUCGAUGCAGAGUGCAUUAACUGCCCGCGGUGAGGCACUGCGGCAGGAACGCAUAGAAUGCGGCCUGGACGGCUCAGAGAAUCGCUUCAGCGAGGUGCUACGGGAGCUGAAGACGAUUGCUGGGCUGUAA